AUUUUUCUUUUUGUGUUUGCUUAUUUUUUGGGAUGCUUGGUGCUAGGAUGUUUUUAGUUCUUUUGCUUUCUCUUGUUACGCUUUAGUUUGGAGACCCAACCUUUUCUGUUUGUUUGUUUCUUUCUUUUUUGGGAUGCUUGGUGCUGACAUGUUUUUAGUUCUUUUGCUUUCGUUUGUUGCGCUUUGGUUUGGAUACUCAACUCUUCACACUCGAACAUUGCCUUUUUGGAGAGUUUUUUUUAGCUUGAGCACUGAAUUAAUAAUAAAAAAAAUGCUAUUCUUGUUGGCAUUUUUUUGAAAACCCUAAAUCAAUUCACGUUGUACAGCAAAAAAACGAAUUUUUCUAAUUUAAUAGAGUAUAUUGCUUAAAUUUUUCAAUUGGCCUGGCCAACUAACCACAGUCCAACACAGUGUACACGUGUUUGCAUCAGAGGGUCAAUUUGGUCAUUUGAGUAGACUGCGGCUAUUCUAAUUUGAUCAAGUAUUUUGAGGAGUAACAAAAUUAACCAUUGCAAGUAAAACUCCUCUCCAUCUCUCUCUCUCUCUCUCUCUCUCUCUCUCUCUCUCUAAUCAGUAAUCACUAAUCACCAAUUCACAGACUAUCCCAACUCUGUAGAUUUUCUUCGCUCCUCCUGCUCCAGUUAAGGGUAAUGAACAGUGGUUCUACAAGCUAAAGAGUUGGUUUGGUGGUUCAGGUGUCGAGAAAGAACAGGCAGAGGCAGUAAUAAAACAAGGUGUUGAUACAUAGCUGUAAAAGUUGACAGGAUGUCCGGACAGACUCAGCGCUUGAAUGUUGUUCCAACCGUGACAAUGCUUGGAGUAAUGAAAGCUCGGCUGGUUGGGGCCACGAGAGGCCAUGCAUUGCUCAAGAAGAAGAGUGAUGCUCUGACUGUUCAAUUUCGACAGAUCCUCAAGAAAAUCGUUUCCACAAAGGAAUCGAUGGGGGAUGUCAUGAAAACUUCCUCAUUUGCGCUUACAGAAGCCAAAUACGUUGCUGGUGAUAACAUCAAGCACUCUAUUCGCGAAAAUGUGAAGACUGCAACACUCAAGGUUAGAUCACAUCAGGAAAAUAUUGCUGGUGUGAAACUUCCAAAAUUUGAAUACUUCACGGAUGGAGAGAUUAAGAAUGACUUGACUGGUCUGGCGAGAGGAGGCCAGCAGGUCCAAGCAUGCCGCGCAGCAUAUGUGAAAUCUAUUGAGCUGCUCGUCGAACUUGCUAGUCUCCAGACAUCGUUCUUGACCCUAGAUGAGGCAAUCAAGACCACAAACCGCAGGGUCAAUGCGCUGGAGAAUGUCGUGAAGCCACGCAUAGAAAACACAAUAAGUUACAUCAAAGGAGAGCUGGAUGAACUGGAAAGGGAGGAUUUCUUUAGGCUGAAAAAGAUUCAAGGUUACAAGAGGAGAGAGGUUGAGAAGCAGCGUGAUUUUGCCAAGGCGUAUGCUGAGGAGAAGGCUGCUGAAGAAAUGUCGUUGCAGAAAGGUAUAUCUCUCACCUCUGCUCAUGACAUGCUAUCCCAGGCCAACAAAGAUGAGGACAUAAUCUUUUAAAAUGCUUUGCAGUUUGAUAUUGUUCAAUUAUGUUGUGAUCUUGCAUGAUUUCUGCCUUGAUGUAGUUAUUAUUUGGCGAAGAGGUUAUAUUCCCGGAUAAGAGCCUUAUGUAUGUGUUGUAUUUAUUCGUCAACCUGUUGACAUUGUCGACUUUUGUUGGCAACAACAUCUGCUCAUUCAAUCUUUGUUAAACUGUUAAAUGAAUAAUCUUUUCAUCCGUA